CCCAGUCGUCCGCCUCUUGCGCCCGACCACUUGCAGACCGCUGAUCAGAGUACUUACCCGCUGCGAAUCCCUCUUCAUAUCACCAUGUCGCCUCCUGCUACACUCUGCAUUUCACCCGGUUCCUCACUGUCGGGAAGUGGGCAACCAACCUGUGUGACUGCAGCCCUAGAUCAUCGCUUAUCCUGGCAGUGCGAGAAAAGAUAGACGUACCCCCUCUCUUUCCUAUUUCUUUGCUUAUAUUUCCUUGGUUCGAUCCCACUCGGAGCCAUGCUGGAGAGGGCUCUUCCACCAGCCCUGCUAUCCCUCCUCCUUGUUGCAACUGGUGUUUCUGCUGCACCCUACGAUUUCACCGACAACUAUCGCGACCCCGCCCCGGCGCCUGAAGACGGCCCUCCUGCUUCAUAUCACGCUACCCGAGACAAGAGUGUUUUACCCUACGAAAUCUGUGGUAUCGUUGGCGGCUACGUCUUCACAGUACUUAUUUGGGGGGUACUACUCCUCACUGUUGGCAGAAAGAUGAGACGAAAGGCACUCGAGCCACCCAAGCAGCUGGAGCUGGAGUUGGAGAACAAGCCCACAAGACCGACCAUCAAGACUCCUGGUCUCACAUCACCGCCACUAUCCGCACGAUCGUGGUUGAGGAAAUUCAAGAAGAACGACUCUGUUCCCAGCAGCCCCCAAAGCCCUGUCGUCCAAUCGCCCAGUUCUUUUGAUCAAAAGGUUCUCGACGCCCAUCGUGACCAGGAUCAAGCCGACAUGGAGCGCCUCUAUGCUGCCGUCAUGGAGUUUGACGCAAAGAAACAAUCCGCCAGAGCUAGUGUAGACGAGACAGAGCCUCUUCCACCGCCUACUGACCGGAGAAGACCGUCGGCCAUCAGUGUCGCACGUUCUCAAGACAACUACGACAACCCUGCGUCUCCUGCUCGAGCCAUAUACCCUCCAGGUCACCAGGAUAGACCGACAACCGCAUCAAACACUCGUGACCGACUCCGUGCAGAACAACCAGCCCCUGCAAGCCCCCGCAGCAUCCUCUCCAAGCGCUCGCAAACAUCAAAUGCUACGACAAGCAGUAAGAACACGCGCUUCAAUCUCAAGAAUCUACGCAUUUCUGGCCCCAUUGCGAAGUACCCUGGCGCAGAUGAUGAUGAUGAAGCUCGACGACCUCUAACCCCUCGCUUCUAUGCACCUGGUGCUCCGCCCUCGCCUCCAACCCAAACAAACUCGCCAACAUCGCCUUACGAUGCCGACGAAAGCCUAGAUCAAGUCCAACCACUACCUCACCCCGCCCCCCAUCGCCGUGGAAGCUCGAAUAUGUCCAACAACCUCGGCCUCACCAUCUCCACCCCGCCCCCACCGUCAAAACAGAAAACCGCCACAUCACCUAACCAAUCCCUUCCGCUCCGUUCCUUUUCCUCGCCCCUCAACUCUCCCGGCAUCCAAACCACGGUGCUUGACCGCCGCGUCGACAGACUGGCCUUGGGUACUCCCAAGACCGGCGUCCCUUUUACACCCUACAGCCCUUAUAUGCCAUUUACACCAGUCACACCCGUGACACCGCAUCUGACCACGAGGCGCGAUCGCAAGAUGGAGAGGAAGAUGGACGGAAGGAGACGCCGUGGCGGAGAAGAAAUGGUUCAGACGCCAAAGGAGAUUUUUGGCGAUGCUUAUUAGUCUUUCUUUUUGUUCUUAGAGAAAUGCCCCAAAGAUGAGGAGAAGGAUGUAUAUGUGUGUAUAAGGUAACUUGGGGUUAGUAUCUGUUAGCGUUUUCUUUUAUCUUGCAUGAUGACCAUCUUGUUUCCUUUUCCACAAGUUGGAAUUGGCAAAAGGAUGUAUACCCACCCCGCCUGAUGGCCGGGUUGAUGAUGAAUUUUUUAUCUCUAUUUCUUGUACCUAUGUAUGUAUGUACGGUCUAGCGUUUCAUCGCUCGUACGUGUGUGCAAACCCCCUUUUUUUCUUUGUAUCUUUAGCUUCUUUCCUAUCUUCAAGUAAAAAGAGUAGACAAACUCUAUGAUCAUGAUGAAUAUAAAUCACUUUUGGAUACGUUGGACAUACCGUCAUCCGACUUUUGGC